CAUCGUCAAAUCACACCUGUUGACGUCUUCGACAGACACUAUACGCCCAUAAAGUUUGGUAGUGACUACUGUUUGCUGCCUUUCGAACCGGACUUCCCAUCCAGCCUUCCAACCACUCGGUUCAGUACUACACGGCAACAUUCCACGGCGCGGACCGCAUACCUUCUCCGCACCUUCUCGAACCCAAUCAAAGACAUAAACUCCUUUGGAAAAUGAGGUUGCUCCUGGCGCCACUGCUCCUCGCUCCUCUCACCGUGCUGGCCGCGCCCGACAUCCUCGCUGAAUUCGAGCCGGCUCUCCAACAACUACCGUCUACAAACAACGAGACUGAGCUUCUCACCGAAGAUGGCCGCCCCGAGCUCCUCAAGCGUCAGAAUAACUGCGCGACAAACUACUUUCCCUGCGCCAACUUGAACGUCCUAGGCGUAUGCUGUCCACGAUCCGCAGUCUGCUCCGCCGACCAGCGCGGACAAGUCGCAUGCUGUCCCAUAGGUGCCGCCUGCACUGGCGCACUCGGGGGCAGCGGUGUCCAAACCACUACAGCAAUCCCAACCGCUUCCUCAACCGUCCCCUUCGUAGUCGCAUCAACAACACAGAAUCCCUUCGUACAGCAAACAGGCGGUGCGAAUGCAAGAAGCACGGUACAAAACGCCUUCUUUCCGUUCCCCUACAUACCAACGACUUACACGAAUGCAGCUGCCUGCUCGUCCGCUUAUACAAGCUGCCAGGGCGAUGCUGCAAGCUGUACGGCUGCUCUAGCAAGUGGCGCCGCAGGCGUCACCAUCAGCGCGCCGAACGGGGGCGCAACCAUUACGGCGAUACCGAGCUUGGGGCUACAAAGCGCGCAGAGCAUUUGUGCGAGUUUGAGCAGCCAAGGCUGCUUCCAGUUGACAGUCGAGGCUUGCGCGAGAUUUGAUGGCGCGGGUGGAGGAAAUGCUGCAGCGAGAGGGCGUUGCGGCGGGUACAUAAUGGGAGCAGGUGUUGCCGUGGGCAUUGCCGGGCAGCUACUAUGAUGACGAAGCAAAGAUGGGAUGCUGUGGGUUCGCUUCAUUGUGGAUAAUACGGGUGGUUCGAUAUCGGGAUAUACUUCCAGAACGUCAACAUAUGCUUCGGCUUUGUUGUGUUCAACGCGAGUUGAUGCAUUUUCAGGAGUUAUUUGGUCUCUGAAGGAAGGGGUCUUAGGUGACAGCUAUGAUGAUGGAGAUGAUUAUGUUUAUACUUGAAUUAAACCUGUUCGCGUGUACAUCCAGCUGCAUCUUAGUUUUCAGGAACAUCUCGGGGGAGAAUAGACCCAGUAGAUGGUGUGAGUUGGAUUGAUCUCCCAAAGAGGUAGGGUCCGCUAGUACAUGUUUCACUCCAUGGGCCUUCUUGAUAGCAUAGCUUGAAACUCUUCAGGGGCGUUUACGAUCUGAUUAAGCAUGUUCAAGAGUAUCUGAGUGUAUACUGGCUC